AUGUGGCUUUCGGAGGCUCAAAAGUUCGGCGUUGCUUUCACGUUUGGAGGCUGUUUAUUUCUGACGUUUGGUGUAAUCACCUUUUUCGACCGCGCGCUGUUGGCGCUUGGGAAUAUCCUAUUUCUAGUGGGCCUGCUGCUGAUAAUAGGACCGCAAAAGACUUAUACGUUUUUUUCCAGACCCAACAAGAGACGCGGGUCUAUUUUCUUCGUGGCAGGCGUACUGAUGAUAUUGGUGAAAUGGACGUUUCUAGGGUUCGUGAUAGAGUGUGUGGGAAUUGCUGGGCUUUUUGGUGAUUUCUUCGGUGUUGUGGUUCAGUUUCUGAGAUCGUUGCCCGUUAUUGGACCGGUCCUAUCCCACCCUGCCGUUGCACCAUGGGUCGAUCGAUUGGCUGGAGUCCGUGUUUUGCCAGUGUAA